GUCAAAGCAGUUGUUUCAGUUUCGUAAAAACAUCUCAGGUUAAAACAAAAAAAAAUGUUUUAGUGCAAGUUUAUAAAUGUAAAACCUACUAGUGCCUCAGAUAUACAAAAGUGAAAUUGAUUAAUAGUUUUAAAUGCCGAAAAUCCUACCAAAAUACAAUGAGUUACGAAACUGAUGAAGUUGACGAGGACAUUCGCACCCUCAUAUCGGAGGCAGUGGAUGCAGCCGACGAGUUAUUUGGAGUUACCGUGCAGGAAGAGUUGAACAAAACAAAAACCGCUAUCCUGAAAGAGUUGGAAUCCGAAGUGGAUAACUACGCCAAGCAGAUAACAAACUAUACCAACAGAUUGCAGCGGUUGGAACUACUUGAGCAGGGAAUGCUCCACCGUCUAAACAAUUGCAGCACACUGGCGAAGGAAUUCGACGAUCUAACAGAUUUGUAUCAGACUAAGGUGCACGAACUAAGGGAAUUAUUGGACCAGAGUAUCACAUUUGAGUUUUCGAAACUGCUCGCCAAGGACGUGUUCCACAAGAUGUGCGGAUUUAGGGAUGAACUUGAUCAUCUGGAGGAGCAGCUUGGCGAAACCACAGGUUUGGUCAACAAGGAGGACAAUCAAGAGGUCGUGCAGACUUUGAGUCAUCUAAAACGGAAAACUUCCAAAGUUAUGCAAGAUAUGGAAAAUCUAUUGGGAUUGAAUAGUAUGCACAAACUUACAGUUGUGGGAUUUUCGAACAAAAUCUAUUACGAUCAGCAUAAAAGUGAUGCCGCUUAAUUUUGUUCCAUACACGUUACAAUAACUCUUGAUAUGGCAUGUCAAGUACAUACAAUUUAUGAAACAACCUAUAAUAUGUAAUAAUAAAGAAUUGAAAUAAUUUAUUUUAUAA